UUCAGAGGUCAAUCGUUACCAACAAAAUAUGGUCUUCGGCUAGCUGCUCGUCUCUUCAAGGAAAAUAAACAUAUUUUUUGCGAAAUAACGUCACUAGACUGCUAGCAUUGAAUUACGAUCAGACUGUCUGAAAAUGGUCCGAAAAUCAUAAGUGUAGGCGUUUGCGCUGUUGUCGCUGGUUUUCGAAGACGCCAGCUAGCGCGCUAACGUUAACAAGCUAGCCGUACCAGCAAACCAACAUCACUGAACUGGUAGCUAUCUAGCUACACAACAAGGCUACAGCUAUGUUUGUACAAGAAGAGAAGAUAUUCGCAGGAAAAAUAUUAAAAAUCCACAUUUGUACAAUGGAGGGUACGGAGUGGUUGGAAGAAGUUACAGAGGAUACCACUAUUGAAAAACUCAAAGAAAAGUGCUUGAAACAUUAUGUACAUGGAAGUCUUGAAGACCCCAAAACACUCACACACCACAAACUUGUCCAUGCUGCCACAGAGAGGAUCCUCAUGGAAACAAAAACCGUUUCAGAUGAAAAUCUAAAAGAUAAAGAUGUUCUUCUACUGAUAAAGAAGAGACCACCGCCACCCCCUCCGAAAAUGGCGGACAUAUCUGCAGAGGAAAAGAAGAAGCAGGAUAACAAGGCUCCAGAUAAGGAAGCCAUCCUGAAGGCCACCGCUGGCCUGUCCACCCGCCACACUGACCGCACUGUCACCCAGCACAACAUCAGAGACGAAAUCCCAUUGAGGUCAGAAGAGCUCAUUCCCACGGGAGACCUGUUUCAGACGGAGCUCAGGAAAAUCCUUGUCUCUCUCAUUGAAGUGGCCCAGAAGCUUCUCGCCUUGAAUCCUGAUGCUGUGGAGCUCUUCAAAAAGGCCAAUGCCAUGCUGGACGAGGACGACGAGGACCGGGUUGAUGAGACGGCCCUUCAACAGCUGACUGAGAUGGGUUUCCCUGAGAGCAGAGCCAUCAAAGCUCUCAGACUCAAUCACAUGUCAGUGACCCAGGCCAUGGAGUGGCUGAUUGAGCAUGUAGACGACCCCACGGUGGACACCCCCCUGCCUGGCCAGGACACCCCGGGAGCAGUAGGGGCCACAGCACCACCCCUGGUCCAUUCUAUCUCGGCCUCCGCCUUCCGUCCCAGCCUCCUCCGCACCCUCUCCCAGACCAGCACAGACGACGCUGCCACCGGAGCCAGGCAGGAUGAGCUCACUGAGAUCUUCAAGAGGAUCCGAAGGAAAAGAGAGUUCAGGCCCGACUCACGGGCUGUCAUUGCGUUAAUGGAGAUGGGUUUCGAUGAGAAGGAGGUGGUCGAUGCUCUGAGAGUCAAUAACAACCAACAGGACGCUGCGUGUGAGUGGCUGUUGGGGGACAGGAAGCCGUCUCCAGAGGACCUGGAUAAGGGCAUCGACACCAACAGUCCUCUGUUCCAGGCCAUCCUGGAGAACCCUGUGGUCCAGCUGGGCCUCACCAACCCCAAAACACUGCUGGCGUUCGAGGACAUGUUGGAGAACCCUCUGAACAGCACCCAGUGGAUGAACGACCCUGAGACUGGACCUGUCAUGUUGCAGAUCUCCAGAAUCUUCCAGACACUCAACCGCACGUAGGCACUGCACGCACGGUGUGUGUGUGUGUGUGUGUGUGUGUGUGUGUGUGUGUGUGUGUGUGUGUGUGUGUGAGCGUGUGUGUAGGUGAGUGUGUGUGUAGUAUGUAGGUGAGCGUGUGUGUGUGUGAGCACAGCUGUGACAAGUAUUGUUUUUGCCUUGAAAAGUCAAAGCCGGAGAAGAUGUGUAAAUGUAGGAAUUCAGAAGACGGAGAUGUGACAGAUAUAUCUAUUUAUACCACAGAAAAUAGAACAAUGUUAACAUGAACAUGAUUAUAAAAAUGAUUAUAAAAAUUGUUGUUUUUUACAUUUUAAUAAGAACAAUUUAUAGUUAAGACAUACAUGAUUUAUUUAAAAUAAUUUAUCCAUGUACAAAAAGACCAUCAGGCAUCAAAACAAUGUUUACACUUUAAAAACAGUUUUUAUAUGUUUUGCAAUUAUUUAAAUAUCAAUUACAGUUUCAUUUGUUUCCUUAAAUUGCUACAUUUCAUCAAAGGUAAAUGUUUCUAGCGUGAGGUGAUUGACUUCAGGGCAGGCAAAGUCUGUAUCAUUUGGUUGAAGACUAAAUGCAUGUGAACAUGCACCCUAACUUUUGUGUGUCGUGGGAUCCAGGAUUCAGUACUAGCCAGGGGUGUGUUCAAAAGGUUGAAAGUUGAGAAUGUUGCAGAGGGUGGCUCAGUUGGUAGAGCAUGGCGCUUGGGGUACCAAUAUGAAAAUGUAUGCACUCACUACUGUAAGUCGCUCUGGAUAAGAGUCUAAUAAAUAACUUACAUGUACAUGUCGAUAGAAAUGUAAUACAUAGAACUGACACGAUUGAUUCUCUCUCUGUGACAAAGAAGAAUGUCUGUUCUAAAUGAUGUAAUUCUGUCAGAAAGUGUUGUUAUGUUUCACCCAUCUGAAUGAUUAAGCCCCAGGUGAUGUUACAGAGAGGAGAACGGUUGUGCUUAUCACCCUCAGUAGAGUGUAGAGGCACAGGGGUGGAUUCACUAGGAACCAAACGGGAAAGGGCCUAUCUGAAUUUGUCCAAUAUAAAUUCUCGUUUUCAUUGUAAAAUGUUUUUCCAUUGCAAAACGUUUUACUACACUGGCACUAAUGAAUGCACCCCAGGUGGAUGUGGGUGGUCAGACUCUGUUCAGCCUUGGGAGCCUACCGGUCUGCCUGCUGUGAGUCACACUACUCAAACACGUGGAAAAGUAAAGGAGGACAUUUUCUUUGUGCAUCUUCCAAAUAUUUAUUUAACUGCAAAAAAAAUUUGUUGUUGCCUUUUUAGAAAAGGGUACUAUUAUAAGCUGUCUUUUUAGUGUCUGUGAAGUCAAGUCUGUGUAAUAAUGGUCUUUGGUCCUGAUUAAUCUAGAGACCUAUGUAGAAAUUCUCAAUGUGCUCAGAAUGUCAUCAUGUAGUCAUAUUGCUCUCAUUCUGCGUCUGUUCUCAAUGCUUUUACCACGACUCACUGCAGCAGGCCAAAUAUUACUCCCAUAAGAUCUGAGAAAUUGUUAAUUUUCUGACAAUGGGUGGUGUGGUUGGCCUGAGUGCCAAUCUGUUUGUGCUAUCAUGCCAACUCCUUGUCACUGAUUGUGUCAAAACAUAUUUGGCUUGACAAUGAGCAAUGGAGUUGGCAAGAGCACAAACAGAUCUGGGACCAGGAUACAGUAUGAUAGGUUUCAGGGGAAGUUGAGGCUUCAUCCGCGGACAUCACAUAAAUGAUUCAAAGGUAAUCGUUUGAGUGAUGUGAAGGUGUAUCAUUCCUUCCUGCAAUGAAGCAAACUAUCUAAGUAUAAACAUGUAAGCUAAUGCAUUGAAUAAUUUGACAUGCAGUGGUAUACUGAGCUAAGGAAAACUGCUAGUCUAGUGGUGGGCCGUUUUACUUCUGAGAGCAAAGUAGAUGUGAGCUGUUUAACCAAAACAUGAAUUUAUUGUUGACUGUGAGACGACUUGCCUUGUCACUAGACAGACCAGUACAAACUAUAAUACUAUAGUAACUUUUUGUGCAAUAGCUAGAAUCUAUGGAUGGACUUGAGGAGUUAUGUAGACCUGUUAGAAUGAAGUGUUAGGAAUGUGUGAAAUGCAAUGAGUUAGUGAGGCUGUAUCUUUAUUCUAUAUCUGACAGUCAUUUAUAAUAACAAUAAGUGACUACCCAGAGACACUAAUACUGCUUUUGGUACAUAUGAUUCAAUAUGACUGAUUAAGGCGCUCUUAGCCUGCGUCCCAAAUGGCACCCUGUUCCCUAUGGGCCCUGGUCAAAAGUAGUGCACAAUAUAGGGAAUAGGGUGGCAUUUGGGAUGCAGACCUUUGUUUCAUUGUGAAUUUCAUCUAAAAGAAGAACAUGAAGGAUGCAUGGUGUGUUUUGCCAAGCUUUGAGUGUUUUAUUCAAUAUUUGAAUUGUAGUGUUGAUGUGACUUUGUGCUCAGGGAGGCUGACAGUUUUUCUUUCUUCUAGCUGUUUCACCAUGAGGCAAAUCUCUACUCCUGUUGUGCAAAAAUGUGACUUAAGGCUUUAACUAAUCCAUGAUAACCUGGCUUAUUGAACAGAGCGUCACUAAGUAUGGUUUGGUAAAAUGCAAUAUUUGAAAAUUAUUUAAAUGUUUUUUAAAAGAGAAGUAUUUGCUUGAAUUGUGUGUUAUUUAUAUUUAAGCCAAAAUGGUUACUUGCUCUUAUUAAUAUUACAUUUGAGGGAAUCUGAAAUUUGCACUUCAAGUUAUUGAAAUACAAUUUCUUUACAAAAUAGAUCUAUACACAUUUUGAGAAAAUACGUUUUUCACUAGCAGGUCACGGAUCUGUCAAGAGCAAUGUAGCAUUUUUGAAUGUUCAAAGCAUUUGUAUAGAUAGAGGAUGAGAAGACUACAUUUGCAGCCUAGAAUGGUGUGGCAAAAGGCACAAUUGUCCUUAUAUAAGUAGUUUUCUAUCAUGGUUACUGUUAUUUAUUGUUAUAACAUCAUGGACCGGAAUCUAUCCAAUAUCAAAUCAUGUAUUUCCCAACUGCAGAGACUGAAAGGUUGAAGACUCUAGGUACAAACUUCAGCCAUCAGGAGCUAAAAGGCUAAAUUGACCUUUGAUCAGUGCUCAGGGGUCUUUUUGGUGUGUGAGUGUCAUCAUGGCAGUUGGAUUGUUUUUACUGGGUUUCCAUACAGCACUGUCCGGUAUUAACAACCUAUGCAAUAUACUCUCUCAUUCUGUUAAACCAACUAGCCUCGCCCUCGGGGCUACUGUCAUUCAAAUCACCAUUACAUUAAAAGCAUUUCUGUUGCUGUA